GCUUUCGUUGAGCUUUUUUCUUUUCCAUCGCGAUUUUCUGCCCGUGGGUCGACACACAAAUUUUAACUUUAUCGAAUUAAUAACAUGAACAUUUUAGUGCAUUACGUAUGCGUUUUAACGUUCGCUGUUUUGUGUUCUUCAAAAGAUUUGCAUAUAAAAGAGGAGCGUGAUUUAUUGAAAAAAGAUAACGGUCUACCAGAGAUUUACAAAAAUGGCAUGUCCCACACGCCUGAACGACUAACUGAAAGGUUCGUUCGCCACGUAGAAACGACCGACACAGAAACAGUACUGCAACAUUUAAUGAAAGAAAUCAACAGAAAAUACCCAGAAACGAGGCCUGGAUCCAAAAACUCCACUAUGCCGAAAUUGAUAAGGAAAUUGAAGAGCAAACUAAGGAAACAGAUAAAAAAGAACAAGAACAUAAAACGGAAGAAGAUGGCAUCAAAAGCACAUCCCAAAAUUGAUAAUUUUACGACUACCAUAAAUAAUGUAGUGUGAAUGGGCCAUUAGAACAUUAUAAUAAGUAUAAGAAUACAUUAUUAUACUCUAAUGAUUAUAGAUUAAUAAAUAUGUAACUUUUCACGGCUAAUUAUACACUUUAGAUGGCUUUUA